UAGUAGUUACCUUUCGACUCCAUUACAGUCAUUCCACCUGCCAAAUGGUAGAGAAAGCCUUACCAGCAGCCACUCUUCUCCCACUCCCAAUCCCCCCUUCCCCCUACUCCUACUCCUCCUCGCUUCGCCUUCGCCCUCGCCCUCGCCCUCGCCUCCUCCGACUCCGCCCCAUCACCUGCUCCUUAUCCUCCUCGUCGAUCUCCAUCUCCCAUGGCCGUCGCCAUGGCCGUGGCGAUCGAAGGCACCCCAGAUACAUGGACCGGAGCGUGGACAUGGGCGCGCUCGUGGCGGCGCUCAACGCGGCCUCCAACUUCGAGGAGCUCCGCUGCGUCAUGUCCCCCUACCUCUCCUCGUCGGGCGCGCCGCUCCUCUCCCUCCGCUUCAUGUGCUCCCUCCUCUCCCGCCUCCCGGACUGGCGCCGCUCCCUCGCCCUCCUCGACUGGAUGACGACGAUGACGCCGACGAUGAUGCCCCCCGAGGAGGAGGAGGAGGCCUCCAAUGGCGGAGUAGGCCGCGGCGGCCCGCUCUAUCCGCCCUCGCUGGCCCCCUUCAACGUCGUCCUCCGCAACGCGUGCCGCGCGGGGGCGCUCUCCUUCGCCUGCGCCCUCCUCCUCCACAUGCGCGCCCCGCCCCUCUCCCUCGUCCCCGACGCCUUCUCCUACUCCACCCUCCUCUCCGCGCUCUCCUCCGACGGGGAGGAGCAGCACCACCGCCUCGCCCUCUCGCUCCUCCCGCUCAUGCGCGCCGACGCCGUGCGCCCCGACCUCGUCCUCUACUCGACGCUGAUGAGCCUCUCCCUCCGCCUCCGCGACCCGUCCCGCGCCCUCGCCCUCUUCUCCCGCCUCCGCGCCGAGGGGAUCGCCCCCGACCUCCGCGCCUUCAACGCCGCGCUCGCCGCGCUCUGCGCGCUCGGCCUCCUCCGCGACGCGCGGCGCCUCCUCCUCUCCGGCAUGCCCGCCGCCUCCGUCGCCCCCGACGCCUCCUCCUACGCGCCCCUCCUCUCCGCCCUCGUCCGCCGCCGCCGCUUCCUCGCCGCGCUCUCCCUCUUCUCCCACAUGCGCGCCGCCCGCGUCCGCCCCGACCUCCCCGUCCUCAACAUCGCCCUCCACGCCUACGGCCGCCUCGGCCUCGCCCGCGACGCCGACCGCCUCUUCUGGAGCAUGCGCCGCCACCUCGGCGUCGACCCGGGCCUCGUCACCUACAACACCAUGCUCCGCGUCUACGGCGACGCCGGCCUCUUCGGCGAGGCCGUGCACCUCUUCCGCCUCAUGCAGCGCAAGGCCGUCCCCCAGAACGCCGUCACCUACAACACCAUGAUCGCCCUCUACGGCAGGUCGCUCGAGCACGAGAAGGCCGCCAACCUCAUGCACGAGAUGCGCCGCCGCGGGAUCGCGCCCGACGCCGUCACCUACUCCACCGUCAUCUCCGUCUGGGCCAAGGCCGGCAAGCUCGACCGCGCCGCCAAGCUCUUCCAGAAGCUCCGGGACGCCGGCGCCGAGAUCGACCCCGUCCUCUACCAGACCAUGAUCGUCGUCUACGAGCGCGCCGGCCUCGUCGGGCACGCCAGGCGCCUGCUCCACGACCUCCGCCACGCGCAGGGCGCCGUGCCCAAGACCACCGCCGUCAAGAUACUCGCCGGCGCCGGCCGCCUCGAGGAGGCUGCCUGGGUGUUCCGUCAGGCGCUGGACGCCGGGGAGGCCAGGGACGUCUCGGUGUUCAAGGCCAUGAUCGACCUCUUCUCCCGCAACCGGAAGCACCGCAACGUCGUCGAGGUGUUCGACAAAAUGAGAGCGGCAGGGUUCUUUCCCGACUCCGAGACAAUCGCCACCGUAUUGAAUGCCUACGGUAAACUUCAGGAGUUCGACACGGCCGCCGCACUAUAUAAGGAGAUGCAGGAGGAAGGUUGCAUAUUUUGUGAUAGGGUUCACUUCCAGAUGCUGAGUCUACUGGGGGCGCGGAGGGACUUUGAGGGGAUGGAGUCCCUGCUCGCGAAGCUGAGCGACGAUCCCAACAUCGACAAGAAGGAGCUCCAGCUCGUCGCCGCAGGCGUGUACGAGAGAGCAAACAAGCUCGAUGAGGCUUCAAGGAUCAUUGAGCAGAUUAAAAACUCAAAUUCAUCUGACGAUGGACUAGACUUCUAAAGAGUUUGAUCUUUAUUGUAUAUUUGGUCGAUUUUGCCAAUUGGGUGUAUAGUGGAGGUUGUGCGUAUUUGACUUUGUCUAUGAAUACCUCAUUGAAUCAUUUCUUUCCGGAUUGGAACAUUGAUGCAAA